CUACGGAUGGCUCUAGCUCCAUCUAUGCAUUUCAAAGCCGCAACUGGUCUAUCGCGACAAGGACAUACGACUCCCAGUCACUCUUAACAGCAACCUACAACACAACCAGAUUCCUUGAUACCUCCAACGAACACAUAAAGCCGAACACGAUGUCCACAGCUCCAGCUUCUGGCAAGGCGCCAGCAAACAACAAGGCAGAGGCCGCGACACCCGCCAAAGACUCGAAGCCGACUGUUACCUUGGAGGAGGAUGAUGAGUUUGAGGACUUCCCUGUAGAUGAUUGGACACAAGAAGAGACCGAAGUACCAGGCGACAACACACAUCUUUGGGAGGAGAGCUGGGAUGAUGAUGAUACUAGCGAGGACUUCUCUGCACAGUUAAAGGAGGAACUAAAGAAGGUGGAGGCGAGCAAAAAGAGGUGAACUGGGAGUUUGGAAGCUAAAGGGAGACACAUUAUAUUCGGAGUCAGGAAGGCCAAUCACCAAUGCAAUGCAUAGCAUAGAAGGCAGCUGUUUGCGCAAAUAAUACAAACGCCUCACACAAGCUAUCAGGACCAUCAGAUCAUUUGUGACUUUGAAACACAUGUACAAAUGCUAUGCCAUUUUAUGCUAUCACAU